AAUUUUCGACUCAUUAUUAAUCUUAUCGGUUCUGUAAAUAAUGAAAACGUUGUUCUUCGUCUAAUUGUCUGUGUAAGAUAAUUUAUUGCAAUUAAGUACUUAUUCUUAAUUAGCAGUAUAAUUAUGUAGCAAUUUCAUCAACGAUAAUUUCAGUUUUUGAUACUCGUGAAUGUUAAAUAAUAUCACUACCAUAGUAUCGAAAAAUCGUGUUUAUUGCUGAUCAUUGUUUCCUGGUUUUAAUUAACUCAGGAUUCAUUCGUGGAAUCAUGAAAUCGAAUAAUAUACUCAAUUAUUUAGAGAAAAGACAACUUGGCUAUGCCGGAUUUAAAAGUAAAUUGAAUGACACAUUUAUUGAUAAAAUUGGUUAUAAGCCUGUAGCAAAUGAUGACUUCUGCAAUACAAAUAUUGAUAUUGGGAAUACUUUUGCUUGUAAGUUCAGCAGGAAUAAAAACAAUUUACAUAUAGUUGGUUGUUCAACUGAACAUGGAGAAAUAAUUGUUCAAAAUACUAUUGGACAUUAUAAUGACCAAAAUAUACAAUUUCAAAGGAAUGUUGUACAUGACAAUGCUAUUUUUAACUUUGCAUGGGCUGAGCCACAAAUGAAAUUAAUAACAGCCUGCGGAGACCAAUCAACCAAAUUAUUUAAUUUAAGUCCAUCAGGAGUCUUAGAUGAAGAAAGAGAAUUUAUUUAUCAUUCAUCUGUUAAAAGUGUAAUGUUUUGCCCUGGAUCUUCAGAUGUAUUUUGUGGUGGAGGUCAAGAUAGUUCAAUAAAAAUCUGGGAUGCUCGCAUAAAUAACGGUAGAAGAGUUUUGGAAUUUGAACAUACUAUACCUAAUACACAUGGCACUUAUGAAUCAAAAUCUAAAAAACCAAGUAAAAUUUAUGGAAUAUCUUCUUUGAUAUUUAAAACCGAUCAAACUGUUAUAUCCUGUUCUUCUUUAGAUUAUACUAUAAAAUUAUGGGAUUUACGUAAAACUUAUCGCCAAGUAAAUGGUAAUAUAGAACCAUUACCACUUAAAAAAUAUUCCAAUGGAAUGAAAAAUUCUCCACGAUUUAAUGGUUAUUCAGAUAUAGUAUCAAGUCCCCAAUCUAAUUUGAUGUAUGCAAGUUGUAUAAAUAACGGUAUUUAUAGUUAUUUAUUGGAUUCUGAAGAAACAAAACCAAUAUGUACAUAUUUUGGUCAUUGCCAUGAAACUGGAUACUCUAAAAUUAGUAUAAGUCAUGACGGUCGUUAUUUGUUUAGUGGUUGUAUGGACUAUAUAGGCAUGAUAUAUUUGACAGAUUUUCCAUAUGAUGAUCAUCCAAUGUUUCAAAUAAAUUGUAGUAAUUCAUUUUUGAAAAAAGAAUUGAGUGCUUCAGAUUGGUGUGCAGAUCUAACAAGUAUUAAAUUUGUUACAAGUAGUGAUUCAAUGCCUAUAGUAUGGUCAAUACUUACUGAAGAAGAAAGAAAUUCUGUAGACACUUCAUUUCAUCAAACUAAAUGGUAUCCACCAAAAACUUUGUCAACAAAAAUAUCUACUAUUCCGAUCAAAUUCAAAACUGAACUUAAAGAAAAAUAUAAAAAAGAAACUGAGGAAACAAUGAACAAUUGGGAUAUUGAAAAGAAAAACUUUGUUCCAAAUGAAGAACAUUUAAAUGUGACUCCUAAAAAACCAUGGGAUGCAUUAUUUAGUACAAAGGCAACAUCUCCAUCAUCUAUAUCAUCUCAGCUUGAAAUCACACCCACACAUUCUACACUUGUGGCUCCUAAUCGAAUUCCUGAAGCGGUUACACCAACUUCAAGUAAAAAACGAAAAAAAAGUACUUUAUCCCCUAGAAGUUUAAUUGAUCAAUACUUGGUGCCAAAGAGCAAACGUGAAAAAUUGGAUACUAUUAAUGAAAUAUAGUUGUUAAUUAAAAUAAUCAAAUAAAUCCAAAGAUUAUAUUAUGUGGACUGAUUAAUUUUA